AUGUUGCCUUGCAUGUCACGAGUUAGUGACAUUAACGCAAAAUAACGCGUCGAUACGUUCGUUUGUCAGCAAGUUGCCAAGUAUAUACGUACAAUGGCAUUCGAAAGUGUUGUGUUAAUGACUUUUGCGUGGAUUGCCAUAAUAUAUCUUAUCUUUCAUUUUCGCCGGUUAGUUUUUGUCAAAAUGGUGAAAAACAUACCCGGUCCAAAGGCAUUGCCACUCGUCGGGAGCGUCUUCCAUUUGUUAAAUAGAAAUGCUGACGAAAUUUUUGGUUUUCUACUUAGUUUUGCGAGAGAUUAUUCGUCCCCGUUUCAAGUUUGGAUGGGUAACAAAUUAUUUAUUGGAAUAUAUGAGCCAGAUCAAAUAAAGAUCAUAUUACAAAGUGGCAAUUGCUUAAAUAAGGGUAAGCUGUAUAAAUUUAUUGAACCAGCACUUGGUAAGGCAUCAUUGCUAACGUGUCCUGCAUCUGUAUGGAUUAAGAAUCGAAAAAUAUUAGUGUCAGGCUUUAAUUCAAAUAUGUUACAAAGCUUUUUUGAUAUAUUUGUCGAACAAUCUGUAAUAUUUACGGAUCAAUUGGAAAAAAUUGAAUUAAAUGGAAAUGAGAUUGUAUUAGCUGAACCUAUAUUGCAGUGCACUGCAACUAUUGCAUGUGACACUGUUCUUGGCGUCAAGUGGGAUUUACGAGCAGACAUAAUCAGUCAAGUCUGUAAAGAAAUUAUAAGAUGUAGAAAAGGUAUAAGGCACAGAUUACAGAAUAUAUUCUUGCAUCCUAAUAUUAUAUAUAAUCUCUCUGCUUCCGGACGUAAACAACAAAAGGGUUUAAAUUUCAUACGUUCCUUCGUGGAUGAGAUGAUACAGCAGCGACAAUGUGCAUUAAAUAAAUCGAAGACUGAUGUGAAAGAAAUAAUUCACCGAGCAAUUUGCGACAUGCUCUUGAAAAAAUCUAACAAAGAAUCAUUCACGCACGACGAUAUUCACGAUAACGUGCUGACAAUGUUAGUGGCGGUAUGUAAGAUGUCUCUACAGGCCAGCGACACAAUUGCCAUUACAAUCAAUUUUGCAACCUUUAUGUUGGCGAACUUUCCGGAGAUACAGGAAAAAGCAUAUCAGGAAUUGUUGGGAAUUUACGGACUAGAAAGUCCCAAAUUCGCAUCAAUUAAAUAUGAAGAUUUACAGUAUAUGGACUAUCUGGAUCGCGUUAUUAAAGAAACGAUGCGAUUAUUCCCUGCGGUGCCUUUAAUCGCACGACAACUAACCGAAGAUUUAAGAUUGGGAGAAUUUAUUUUACCGAAAGAUGCUGAUAUUAUCAUAGCACUGGGAAAGGUGCUUCGAAAUAAAAAAUAUUGGCCGAAUCCUUUAAUGUUUGAUCCGGAUAGAUUCUUGCCCGAAAGAUUGGGAAACACUUACUGGGAUUAUUAUAUAGCUUUUAGUAACGGGCCUAGAAGUUGCAUAGGUAUGAAGUAUACGAUGAUUUCCACGAAAGUUAUACUAGCAACUUUGAUACGCACAUUUGUGUUUAAAGUCGAUAAAAGUAUCGCGAUCGAUAAAAUAAAAUUAAAUUUUGAUAUUCUACUAUCUCCUACUGAGCCUCUGAAAGUCAAACUUGAAAGGCGGGAGUUUCUAUCAAAAGGAAUAUAAUGUACGAAAUAUGUUCAACAAAAUGUAAUAUGAACAGUACAAGCCAAACUUAUAUCACCUCUUGAUUUUUUCAGCAUAAUUUGUUUUAAAGUGCGUGAAUCUUUAUCGAAUCACAACAUGAUUUGAAGAUUAAUAUAACAUUUAAUUAUAAUUUAAUAUAUGUUAUACCGUCCGUCAAAACAUGUUAUAAUUCGUGUCGAAAUCCGUGCACUUUAAAACAAAGUAUCCUGAAAAAAUCAAAAGGGAUAUAUAAUUUUGGCCUGUACUGUACUUUAUGUAAAAUUAUAUUAAAUUAAAAAAUAAAAUA